UUAAAUUUCCGUAACUGAUAUGAACACCGAUUAAUCGAUGACCUUUGAACUGAUUUAAAGCAUUCAGUUUUUAAAAUACAGCGGUGGUAUUAUUUGUUCAAUUGAAAUCAGGAUUAAAUUAAAAUUGCUUUUGGAUAAAACAAUAUUGUUUCAAUCUGUUCGUUCUUAACGAUUCUACAUGCUUGUUAAAACACCUAAAAGUCAACAAAAGCUGAUUGAGUUUUAAAGCUUUUUAGUGAUACAGAUUUCACAACGCGCUCGGAUAUUUUAUAUAAAAAUGAGUACAGAGCUUAGCGAAGAGCAGAUUGAAGAGUUCAGAGAAGCGUUCGGUUUGUUCGACAAAGAUGGUGACGGUACCAUGACAUCAAAAGAACUGGGCGUGGUCAUGCGAUCAUUCGGCCUUGACCCUUCAGAGCGAGAACUGAAGGAGAUGGUUGCUGAGGUGGAUGUCGAUGGUAAUGGAGAGAUAGACUUUGAGGAGUUUCUUAUGAUGAUGUCGAAAAAGAUGAAUGGCGUAGACCACGAGGCAGAGUUAAAAGAAGCCUUUGAGAUAUUUGACCGAGACCAGACCGGAUUCAUCAACCCCGCUGACUUAAAGUUCGUGAUGUCCCAGCUUGGUGAAAAAUUGACUGACGAAGAGGUUCGUGAGAUGAUGAGAGAGGCAGAUACAGACGACAGAGGCAAACUCACAUGGGAAAAAUUUUAUGCCAUUAUGAUGAAAGAAGGCUGAGCGUCUCGGCAUCCACAACUAUCGGUGUAGUUUACAUUUCCUUGCCAUAAUAUGAUAUAGAAUGGAUUCAACAAGUUGUCCUUGAUCAUGAGUCUGACCUUCAUGUGACCUUGUGGUCUUCAGUUGCUGUUAUAUCCUUCUUCUGUCACACUUCGCUUGUGUUCGCGUGUUUGUGUGUCUUGAAAAUAAAUGGUCAUAAAGAUGUGAAAAUGUUAUAA